AUGCCUCUCUUCCUCUUGCUGCUCCUGCUGCCAAGCCCUUCACACUCCCACCCCAUCUGUGGCAUCAGCAAAGUGGCCAGCGAGGUGGAAAUGAACUGUGAAAAUAAGGGGCUGAAGGCGCCGCCUCCAGAUCUGCAAGCAGAAACCAACAUCCUCCGCCUGGGUGGGAACCCCCUGGGCACCUUCUCCAUGGUGUCCAUGGUGCAUCUGACUCACCUCACUCAGCUGCACCUGGAGAAGAGCCAGCUGACCAGCCUGCAGACUGACGCGACGCUGCCCCGGCUGGAGACCCUGAUUAUAUCCCACAAUACGCUGAGAAGCCUGCCCUUGCUGGGACGGGCGCUGCCAGCACUCUAUGCUCUGGACAUCUCCUUCAACGAGCUGGCCUCAUUGUCUCCUGAUGCCCUGGUUGGCCUGAGCCACCUCCGUGAGCUCUACCUGCGUGGCAACGAGCUGAAGACUCUGCCCCCUGGGCUCCUGCAGCCCACGCCCAAGCUGAGGAAGCUCAACCUGGCCGAAAACGGGUUGAGUGAGCUGCCCUCUGGGCUCCUGGAUGGGUUGGAGGAACUUGACACCCUCUACCUCCAGCAGAACUUGCUGCGCACGAUACCAAAGGGCUUCUUUGGGGACCUCCUCCUGCCUUUUGCUUUCUUCCACGACAACACCUGGUUCUGUGACUGCGGGAUCCUCUAUUUCAGCCACUGGCUGCAGGACAAUGCCAACAACGUGUACAUAUGGAAGGAGGGUGUGGACGCCAAGGCCAUGACCCCCAACGUGACGAGCGUGGGGUGUGUCAAUUUGCCCAACACGUUUGUCUACACCUACUCAGGGGAGGGCUGCCACACCCCUGGCGACAGGGACAGCAUAGACUACGAUGUCUACGAAGAGGAUGACAAGGUGCCUACCACAAAGGCUGCGGGCAGCUUCUCUACCCACACCAGUGCCCACACCACCCACUGGGGCCUGCUUUACUCACUGCCGACUGCUUCGCUAGGCCCCCAAGUGUCCUCCUUGCCUCCAACUAAGGAACAGACCACGUUCCGAAUUUCUACAGGACCCAUCACAUUCUCCAAAACUCUAAAACCCACCCCAGAGCCCACAAGCCCGAGCACCCCAGAGCCCACAAGCCCGAGCACCUCAGAGUCCACAAGCCCGAGCACCCCAGAGCCCACAGCCCCGAGCACCCCAGAGCCCACAGCCCCGAGCACCCCAGAGCCCACAAGCAAGACCUCAGAACCUACCGUAUCCUUAACCUCCACUGAACCCACUUCACUUCCCACUAUCUUAGAAUCCACCACAGCCACCAUCUCUGAAUUUGCCAACCUCCUGAAGGCCCAGGGGGUGGCUCAGUGGAAUGCGGAGAGUUCCGGAAACGACCCUUUUCUCAACUCUGACUUUUGCUGCCUCUUCCUGGGCUUCUACAUCUUGGGUCUCCUCUGGCUCCUGUUUGCCUCUGUGGUCCUCAUCCUGCUGCUGUUCUGGGUCCAGCACGUGAAACCACAGGCCCUGGCCACAGUCACGCACACCUCGCAUCUAGAGCUGCAGAGGGGAAGGCAAGUGACAGUGGCCCGGGCCUGGCUGCUUUUCCUCCAAGGCUCGCUCCCCACUUUCCGCUCUAGCCUCUUCCUGUGGGUGCAGCCUAAUGGCCGUGUGGGGCCUCUGCUGGCAGGACGGCGGCCCUCAGCCCUGAGCAUGGGUCGUGGUCAGGACCUGCUGGGGACAGUGGCUGUUAGGUACUCUGGCCACAGCCUCUGA